UACGUACAAAUUACAGAGUAGCAUUUUUCUGCAGCUAUAUAGCUAGCAGUCGACUUUAUCAAUUAAUUUAAGUAAUAAUAGUUAGCGGUGCUCGUUGUUGUGAAUUCCGGUACUAAGUAGCCGGACCAUUAAGGAGCGCAGUCUGAAUUACUUCUGGUAUCAAGAUGAAAGCAAAGAUACUGAUGAUUGGGCCAACAGAGUCUGGGAAGACGGUAAUUUCCAACUUUCUUGCUGAUGCAACUGAUGUAUCUGGUGGUGACUACCAUCCUACACAAGGUGUUAGGAUUCUGGAGUUUGAAAGUGGAUCUUUGAACGUCGGUAAUAGAUCGCUUAUAGCUGAAGUUGAGCUGUGGGAUUGCAGUGGAGAUCAAAAAUUUGAUGAAUGUUGGCCUGCUUUCAUGAAAGAUGCUUCAGGAGUUGUCAUAGUCUACAAUCCAGACCAAGCAAGUCAUGAGAGAGAAUUGGAUACAUGGUACAAUCAUUUCAUAACUCAACAAGGACUGAAAGAUUCGCAGUGCAUCAUUUUUGGACAUCAUCGGCCAAACACAUCCCAGGCGGUUCGGGUACAAAUAUCAUCUAACAUGACGCGGGUCAAUCAUGUACAAACAAACCUGGAGGAUGAAUCUGACCAAGUGAGGGCGGACUUCAACUUGUUCCUGAGUAAGGUACUCGGUGCAAUCAGCAAGAGGCAAGAUCAAGAGGAACUCAGUAUCAUUCAGUGAAAUCCUUGGUCAUAUAUGAAAAGAAAAAAAUCACCUUGAUUAUAAUACAGUGUAGGGCUGCUCAAUAUGAUUGUGACAAUGUUGGCAUUUUGACAUUGGGACCUCGAUAAGUAGAAGAUAUUUAGAAGACAAUAUCUCACCUUGAUGAUAAUAUUGUGUGUCUGUGAGGUAGACACUGCUUGUUACGACAGACCUCAUGGAAUUUAACAAUUUGAAUUCACCAGAAUAUUAUCGUGUGAAAGCUGAGGAAAGCAGUAAUUUUGAUGAUUUCAAAUUUGGAGCAUUACUGCAUGGUAUAGAUAAGAAAAUCCAAGCCAGGUUACCGAUGGCUCUGUGGCUGAGCUCAACCGGGUUUUAAUAACAUAACAUAAGACACAGGGCCUUGUCUAUUCAACCAAAGAUACUACAAGGGGAAUAUUGGACACUUCGGCGAUUUUUGAAACGCUCGAUUAAUGCCCAUGGGGAAGGGCGCCCACUAGCGUUGAGUAAGUAAACCAUCGCACAUUGUCACGCAGCUGUGUAUGAAACAUAUGAUGGAAAUGAGAGAGGGGACUUUGGAGAGGGCUCAAGGGUGGCGCAUGGGAAUAAUUCCAGCUUUUAUUACCCCCAAACCUCUGAAAUAUAUUCAUCUCUAAUUGAAGAAAAAAAAAAUCUUAAAAUGUACAAAUAGUCUAUUCACCCCUCCACCAUUUCUCUCAUAUGUUUUGUACACAACCAUAUCGCGAUACGCAACGGUGAUAAAAGGUCGUUACUUAACACUGUGGGGCGCUCUCCCUGGGCGCUUCAUUGCGCGCUCUAUGUACCGUCCGAUCUUCCCCUUGUAGUAUCUUUGAUUUAACUGAGGAAAUAAAGCAUGACAGUGUGCUUCUAGUCUAAUAGUUUACCAACUUUUUUUCUAGUUCUUUCUAAAAGAUUCUAAAUCAUGUGAAUAAGGGAGUUUUGUGUGAAAAUAUUGUUGCUUAAAAACUGAUAGCCACUUUGUUUAAGUAAAUAAUUAGAUUUUGUCUUCUCUUGAAGGGAAUGGGUUACCCUUUUUAUAGAGAUAAUGUUUGAAUCUGUGCCUGAUUUGUAAAUUGUUUAGCAUGACCUUUAUCAUAAGACCUUUGAUUAUGAUCUUUACGUGGAUACAGGGAUUUAUACAUGUUUGAAAAAACAGGAUAAUCUCUGUUAACAGGACCAUCAUCAGUUUUUCAUUGAUCCUCUGUACUUGUAGCUCUGAUGACAUAAAUAUAUCUGAAUAACAGCUGGUAUGAAAUUUGCAUGUUUUUUUUUAACUGAGGAUAAAUGUUGAUUGAUGGCUUGGCCAAGGGAUUUCUUAAUCACCACACAUGGAUACUUUAAAAAAUAAAUUUCCCUAAUGGAUGGUUUGUGAGGAAUCAAUUAUUUAUUUCACCACAAUUUUACCUAAACUUUCAUAUAUAGAAUCUGUACCUGAAUUUAGUCCAUGUACAGUGCCUGUGGUUUAAGUGAGGCACCGCUUACCGCAAAUUUCCCCUUUCAUAUCCAGGUGAAUUAAGAUAUUACAUAAAACAAGUUUUUUUUUCUUUAUUACUAUCCAACAACAUUCAGAAUUCAACUCCUUGGUUGAAGUCACCUGUCCAUUCACAUGUGUUUAUUUUGUCUGUGACAUAUAUAGCAUUCAAGCCCUUUCACUUUAUGUGUACUGAUGAAAGCAUCCUCUUAGGAGAGAGGUGACUAUUUCAAUGUUUGGCGAAAAAUCCCAACACUUUUUUUAAUAAGUAUCAUUUAAGAUCUUGACAGACUUCAUGUACAUGUGAUGUGUACAGAGUAUGUACAAAUAGAUAAUGUACAUUUACAACUUGUAUAAAAAGAAAAACUAAAACAAAUCCAUUUUAUCCUAGUAAUUGUAAAUAAUAGAGUCUUGUAGCGAUUAUUUGCGUGUAUGUAAAUAUAUAUUAAUUAAAUAUUGAAUAUUCAGCAUA